GGGAGGAGUAAGUAAAAUUGUGAAGAUGGUAGUGGAGUCAUCAUCAUAUCCGAUCAUACCUGGUUUGACCGACGAUGCAGCAGAGCUCUGUCUCUCGAAAAUCCCCCGGUCUAGCUUUCAGAUCACUUCUCAGGUGUGCCGGCGAUGGAGGUCAUUCCUCAAGAGCAAGCAUUUUGCAGCCUUUCGAAAGUUGACCGGUAUGGUGGAGGAAUUCCUUUGUGUUCUGAUGGAAAGUGAGUGUGGAAGAGAUGUGUACUGGGAAGUUUUUGAUGCCUCAGGGAACAAGUUAGGCCAGAUCCCUCCUGUCCCUGGGCCCUUGAAGCGAGGUUUCGGCGUUGCAGUGCUUGAUGGCGGGAAGAUUGUGUUGAUUGGAGGAUAUACGGAGGUUGACGGCUCUGGGAUCAAUAGCACCACAGUCUCUGCUUCUGCCGAUGUUUACGAGUUCGAUCCUGCUGCUAACAGCUGGAAAAAACUAGCGGACAUGAACAUACCACGUUACAACUUUGCAUUUGCUGAAGUGAAUGGCCUUUUGUAUGUCAUCCGAGGCUAUUCAACAGAUGCUUAUAGCCUUUCCAACGCGGAAGUGUACAACCCAAAAACUAAUCAAUGGAGCCUUAUGGAUUGUCCAAACCGCCCGGUCUGGCGUGGCUUUGCAUUCUCCUUCCGUUCCAAACUCUACGCUGUAGGCAAUGGAUCGAGGUUCAUCGACAUAUAUGACCCCAAAACGCAGACAUGGCAAAAGCUAAACUCGGAGCAACCAGUGUCGGUUUAUUCCUACACUGUUGUAAGGAACAAAGUGUAUUUCAUGGACAGGAACAUGCCGGGAUGUCUGGGAGUAUUUGAUCCAGAGGAGAAUUCAUGGAGCUCGGUGUUUGUGCCUCCGAGGGAGGGAGGUUUCUGGGUGAGACUAGGAGUAUGGAAUGAUAAGCUUUUGCUGUUUUCACGGGUUUGUGGACAUGAGACCUUAAUGUAUGACCUUAAUGAUAAAGAAAAAGGGUCCAAGUGGAGAGUGUGUGAUCAGAUUAAACCAUCUGCUUCUCAAUUGACCAGCGUUCUCAUAGAACUCUGAUCUCCUCUUUUAACAUCAUUCUUCUGGACGUUUUGGAGCUGUGAGUUUGUGUGUUUGGCCAAAAUGUCCCCAAUUUCUCAACUUUGUGAAUGAUUCCUGUAUUUGAUGUGUGUUGCUAAUCUUGUGUAAAUAAGAGUGAUGAAAAGCGUCAAAGACCAAGUAUAUCUAUACAGAAGGAUAUAUGAUUCCAAGUGUUAAGAGGUA